CUUUUUUGCUAUUUCGUGGAAAAUAAAAAAUGAUCUGAAGUACAGAAAAUACAUUUUUAAAAAACAAAUUCUGAAAAUUAACAAUUAGAGAAAAAGAAAAGAAAAGGAAAAAAAAAAGAUUUCUAGUAGAAAGAGAGAAGGGCGUGAAUUCCUGAGCGAGAGAUUCUUCGCCGGAGUAAUCUCUUUGCGUGAUCUUACCGGCUGCUUAAUUCGUCUUCGCCUGAUUCGUUGGUUUCAAAAUUCGUCUCUCUCUUUCAAUCGGAGGUUAAUUGUUUUUCUGUUUGGGGGUCAAAGCGAAGAUGGUGAACGCUAUGGUGGAGAGAGCGACGAGCGAGAUGCUGAUCGGGCCUGAUUGGGCUAUGAACCUCGAGAUCUGUGAUAUGCUCAAUAGCGAUCCAGCGCAAGCAAAAGAUGUUGUGAAAGGCAUUAAAAAACGGAUUGGUAGCAGGAAUCCAAAAGCUCAGCUUCUUGCCUUAACUCUGCUUGAGACAAUAGUGAAGAACUGUGGUGACAUGGUUCAUAUGCAUGUGGCUGAGAAAGGUGUUAUUCAUGAGAUGGUCCGGAUAGUUAAGAAGAAGCCGGACUUCCAUGUCAAAGAGAAGAUUCUGGUCCUUAUCGAUACAUGGCAAGAGGCCUUUGGUGGCCCUAGGGCAAGAUAUCCACAAUACUAUGCAGGAUACCAGGAAUUGUUGCGUGCUGGUGCUGUUUUCCCUCAGAGAUCAGAGAGAUCAGCUCCUGUGUUCACACCUCCUCAAACACAGCCUUUGACAUCUUACCCUCCAAAUCUUCGUAACGCUGGACCUGGUAAUGAUGUGCCUGAACCUUCAGCAGAGCCAGAAUUUCCGACUCUAAGUUUGUCGGAGAUUCAAAAUGCAAAAGGUAUCAUGGAUGUGCUUGCGGAGAUGCUGAGUGCAUUAGAGCCCGGAAACAAGGAGGAUCUCAAACAAGAGGUUAUGGUCGAUCUGGUGGAGCAGUGUCGUACAUACAAACAAAGAGUGGUGCACCUCGUCAACUCGACUUCGGACGAGUCUUUGUUAUGUCAAGGUCUGGCUUUGAAUGAUGACUUGCAGCGUGUCUUAACCAAUUAUGAAGCAAUUGCUUCUGGAUUACCUGGAACUUCUUCUCAGAUCGAGAAGCCCAAGUCCGAGACAGGAAAAUCCCUUGUUGAUGUUGAUGGUCCACUUAUUGAUACAGGGGACAGCAGUAAUCAGGCGAACGGAGCUACAUCGAGCUCUGGUAACGGGGUUCUAAAUCAGUUGGCCCUCCCUGCACCACCUGUAACUAAUGGUUCAGCCAAUUCCAAAAUAGACCUCCUCAGUGGCGAUGAUCUUGCCCUUGUUCCUGUUGGACCUCCUCAGCCAGCAAGUCCGGUUGCAUCAGAUCAAAAUGCACUCGCCCUUAUCGACAUGUUCUCAGAUAAUACUAAUAAUCCAAGUCCUGCAACUGCACCAAGUGGCAAUCCAGCUCAGAAUAUUCCUUUGAAUCCUCAAGGGCACCAACAACCAAAUAGUCAAGCUGGAGAAGCUGGAUUACAACAAUCCAAUGGAUUUGCGCCUCAAGUGGGUUAUUCGCAGUUUGAGCAGCCAUCAUACGGGCAAGGAGUCUCUUCUCCCUGGAGCAGUCAGCCUGCACAGCAACCAGUCCAGCCAUCUUAUGGUAAUAUAUAUAAACAGUUUUUGUUUUUCACACAUCUGGAGAUUAGAUUGCAGUAUGCCAAUGUUUCUCUGGUUAUGGCAACAAGGAGAAAGAAUUUCCUUCUUUUGGAUUCAGAAGAAUCAGCUUCAAUUGUGUCUCAUGUCUAAUCAUUAAUUGUUCUGUUUUUAUGGUAAUCUUGUAAUAUAAAGAAGGUGCCCAAGACAGUACGGCAUUUCCACCUCCCCCAUGGGAAGCUCAGCUCCAAGACUAUAGUCCCUCUGCGGAGUCAGGAAGUCCGUUUUCUCCUGGAAUGCAUCCAACUCAGACUGCCUUCACACAUGCUCAACCAGUUAACAACAACAAUCCAUAUCCUCAAAUUCCCCAAACCGGGCCACCAGUCAACAAUAACAGUCCAUAUGCUCAAAUGCCCCAAACAGGUCAAGCAGUUGCCAACAUCAGUCCAUAUCCUCAAAUUCCACAAAACGGCGUGUACAUGCCAAACCAACCAAAUCAGGCUCUUGGGUCAGGCUAUCAACCACAGCAACAACAGCAGCAGCAGAUGAUGAUGGCUCAGUACUAUGCCCAACAGCAACAGCUACAGCAACAACAACAGCAACAGGCGUAUGGAAACCAGAUGGGAGGAUACGGAUAUGGCUAUAAUCAACAGCAACAAGGAAGCAGCCCAUAUCUGGACCAGCAAAUGUACGGUUUAUCCAUGAGAGACCAGACAUCGCAUCAGGUAGCAUCAUCAUCAUCUACCACAUCUUAUCUGCCUCCAAUGAAACCUAAGAAUAAACCAGAGGACAAGCUAUUUGGGGAUCUUGUGGACAUCUCCAAAUUCAAGCCUACAAAACCGACUUCCGGAAGAGCUGGUACCAUGUGAAAAUUCCUCCAUCCAUUCAUCAUUUACCAGUAUUCAUCUCCUCUAUCCUCCUCAGCUAACUCUCUUUCUUCUCUUUGUUAAGCUUUUUUCAUCAUUGAUUUUAUUACCCUCUUGGGAGAUAACAUAGAUAUACAUAUGUGUUAUGUUCUUCCUUAUAAUUUACCGUUGGUUAUGGGUUUGUAUAUUUCUUGUAGAGAAAAGAAAACUGGAAAAUCUUUUGUUGAGAACUCAGCGAUUUGGGGUUUGUCUCGAGAUUCUAUUUUAGGACAUUUUAAUCUCUCAUUUGUAUUUUCAGACCUUUUAUUUGUUAUAUCCAUUGGCAAUAAAGUUUGAUAUCAAUU